AUGUCGCCCAUGAUGUCGACGCUGUAUUCUCUCAAUGAACAUACACUCUCCAACGCCACCCACCGUUCAUCCCUCCCCAACCACCCAAUGCCCGCCCGCCAUCCCUGUCAACCCCUUCAUCCCAAACCCCCAUCCCGCCGCGCCCAACGCUCCUCCUCCCUCUCCCUCUCCCGUCCUACACACAGACCUAUAAAAACUCUGACGAGAACUGUGAAGCUGUGUCAUCCGAAACGGUUCGUGAGGGGUGUGGGGCGGCGGUGGAGGGGCUAUUGGGAUUGUGAUGGGGUUUAUGUUGGGUUGGAUGAUUGGGACUUGCACGAGGACUGGGAUGGGUAUUUGGAUGAGGAAGGUAGAGGCGGAGGAGGUGGUGGAAAAGUGAAGGAUGGGAUGCGGAUGGUGAGGUCCAUAUCGAAGAUGGGGUCGCGUGCGAUGCGAGCGUGGUCUGCCAGUGGCGCAAGCGAGGAAAAGUCGACGUCGUUCACCGUUAGGAGACCGCGAUCCACCAUGGCCAACCGCACAUCCUCUUCCUCUUCCGCUUCGACCUCAUCUUGCGCAAACACGCCCGAGUCGUCUCCUGCAUCGUCACGCACGUCCUCUGCUACCUCUCUUUCUUCGUUUAAAUUCAAGGGCAAACCGACAGCCUUGUUCUACAAAGUCACAGCGAGAUUGAGUUUGAGCCGGAGUUUAUCGAACGAUUUUGGGGUCAAGGGCGAGGAACGAAGACAGGGGAGACGUGAGGAGGGUUGGUAG